CGGAGCAGAUCCUUUUACACACACAAAGACCAAAAGACCUUUUUGCACACUCGCUGCUGUAAAGGACAACUUUCACUUUUGGAUUACGCUCAAAGGUGGAUUCUCUCACCAGUCGCACCAUGAAGCUCCUCCUGUGCAGCACCGUCGUCCUGCUCCUAGUGGCAGCAGAGGGAAGUGCGGACAGAACCUCAUUGAGAAGGACCAAGAGGGAGCUGGCCGGGCCGCUUCACACGGGCGGCAUCCGCGACCCGUUUGGGUCGUACUGCCAGAGGAGAGGAGGCUGCUGCCCGGGAAGGGACGACCUUUGCACCGUGCCUUACUUGGACACCAUCUGCUACUGCGACCUCUUCUGCAACCGCACCGUGUCCGACUGCUGCCCUGACUUCUGGGGUCACUGCCUGGGUGUGGCGCCUCCUUUCAUUGGCUCCUGUGAAAGAAACGGCAACAGGUUCUUCUCGGGGCAAACUUACAAGGAGAACUGCAAUUUGUGCACAUGCGGCACCACGGGACGCUGGGAAUGCGAGCAAAACGCCUGCCUGAUGGACAAGGACAUGAUCCAGGCGGUCAACAGAGGGAAUUAUGGGUGGAGGGCUGCUAACUACACCCAAAUGUACGGCAUGACCCUGGACGAGGGCAUCCGAUACCGACUGGGCACGCAGAGACCCUCCAGGAACAUCAUGAACAUGAAUGAGAUCCAGAUGAACAUGGAUUCCGAGGGCGACGUCCUGCCCCUCUCUUUCAACUCAGCGGACAAGUGGCCAGGAAAGAUCCAUGAGCCGCUGGACCAGGGCAACUGUGCCGCCUCCUGGGCUUUCUCUACAGCUGCCGUGGCGUCUGACAGAAUCUCCAUCCAGUCCAUGGGUCACAUGACUCCUCAGCUGUCGCCGCAGAACCUCAUUUCCUGCGACACGAGGAACCAGGGCGGCUGCGCUGGGGGGCGUGUCGACGGAGCCUGGUGGUAUCUCCGCCGCCGAGGGGUGGUGACAGAGAACUGCUAUCCAUACCAGCCGCCGCAGCACACGCCGGCAGAGGUGGGCCGCUGCAUGAUGCAGAGCCGCUCGGUGGGCCGGGGCAAGAGGCAGGCCACGCAGCACUGCCCCAACGCGCACAACUACCACAACGACAUCUACCAGUCCACGCCGCCGUACAGGCUCUCGUCCAAUGAAAAGGAGAUCAUGAAGGAGAUUAUGGAUAACGGCCCCGUGCAAGCCAUCAUGGAGGUCCACGAGGAUUUCUUCAUCUACAAGAGCGGCAUCUACAAGCACACGGACGUCAGCUUCACCAAGCCGCCGCAGUACCGCAAACACGGCACGCACUCUGUCAGGAUAAUGGGGUGGGGGGAGGAGAGGAACUUUGAUGGAACUCCCAGGAAGUACUGGAUUGCCGCCAACUCCUGGGGGAAGAACUGGGGCGAGGACGGUUACUUCCGCAUCGCCCGCGGGGACAACGAGUGCGAGAUUGAGGCGUUUGUGAUUGGCGUGUGGGGCCGCAUCACCAUGGAGGACAUGCACCACCACCACCAUCGCCGCCGCCACAUUUAGACACCAGGACAGGAACAACCUCCUCCUCCUCGUCCUCAUCCUCAUUAAUCCCACAAGGGAACCACACCAGGAGCCUCAGAACUUUGAAACAACCUCAAUAAACAGCAGGUGAGCGGCGAGGGAGGGGGGGGCGCUAAAAUCCAACCCGCUUCCCGUCUCCUCACGCCAAAAGAAAGCAAGAGAACCAUUUAAGCUCAAGCCACGUGAGGCACCUCAGGUACCAAACUGUUCCAAAGAUUCCCCACAAGUCCUCAGCUUCACCAUAAAAGGACCAAAACCCCCGUUUGAUGUUUUUCAUCCUUCCUUUUCUUUCUAAACCACAAAGAGACGUUCUCAACGGAGCAGUUUGGGGAAAAGAGGAAAUCUGACACAGGGACACACCCGGUCCUUCCCUGUAACACGGCCGUGACGUCCUUGUAUUGACUUUAGGACAAAAGUGUAGAAGAAGAAGCUGCAGGCAGUACACACUCAUUACUUCUGCCCUCUUUGUAUCCAACCUCUUAUAUACAGGACAGUGGAACCCACUUAUGUCCACAACCCCUCUACAUUGAAAACCCCUCUAUGCUGACAACCCGCUAUGUCUGCAUCCCCUGUAAACAACCACUCUAUGUCGACAACCCCCUGUGUUGACAACCCGCAAUGUAGACAACCCCCAUGUCAACGCCCCUCAAUAUUGACAACCCGCUGUCGGGAACCCCUCAAUGUUGACAACCCCUCUAUAUCGACAACCCCCUGUUGACAACACCUCGAUGUUGACAACCCCUCUGUGUUGAAAACUUUUCUGUCGCCAUCUGUAUUUACAAGGGCAUAUGUUGACAACCACUCUGUAUCGACAACCCCCUGUCGACAACCCCUCUAUGUUGAACACUUUUCUGUCUGCAACCCCUCUACGUUGACAACCCCCUAUGUCGGCAACCCCUCAAUGUCAGAAACCUUCUCUGUCGACAACCCUGUGUUGACAACCCCUCUGUGUCGACAACCCCCUAUGUCAACAAUCCCUCUGUAUUGACAACCCCCUGUUGACAACCCCUCAAUUUGACAACUCCUCUAUGUUGAAAUUUUUUCUCUAUCAACAACCCCCUAUGUCAACAGCCGCUCUAUAUUGACAACCCCUCUAUGUUGGAAAGCCCUCUUUAUUGACAAUUGAAAACUUUUCUGCGUCAGCAACCCCUCUAUGUCGACAACCCCCUAUGUAUUGACAACCCCCUGUCGACAAACCCUCUACAGUAUAUUGAAAACUUUUCUGUCGGCAACCCCUUCAUGUCGACAACCCCUCUAUGUUGACAACCCCAAUGUCGGCAACCCCUCAAUGUCAGAAACCCCUCUGUCGGCAACCCCUCAAUGUCAGAAACCCCUCUGUCGACAACCCCGUGCUGAAAACCCCUGUAUGUCAACAACCCGCUGUGUCGACAAUCCCUCUGUAUUGACAACCCCCUGUCGACAACCCCUUAAUUUGACAACCCCUCUAUGUUGACAUUUUUUCUAUAUCAACAACCCCCUAUGUCAACAGCCCCUCUAUAUUGACAACCCCUCUAUGUUGGAAAGCCCUCUAUAUCGACAAUUGAAAACUUUUCUACGUCAACAACCCCUCUAUGUCGACAACCCCCUAUGUUGACGACCCCUCUAUGUGAAACUCUCCAUGUCAACAACCCCUCUAUUUCAACAACAAACAAAAAUGCUUUAUCAUGUCUCAUUCUGCUUAUGUCUCCGGACAAAGUCACAAGUAAACGUAGCAUUGGCUCGUUUCCGUUUCCAUCGUGUCAACAACCGCUUAUGUGGAGACAAAUAGGGGCGUCGACAUAAGCGGGUUUCACUGUGAUAUCAUUGUUAGCAUAUGUAAUCUCGCUACACUCAAGAGUUUUUGCAAAAAGUCUUAAUGCUCCAUGAGAGCAGAAGAUGCUCUUUUUGUUUUGCUGUCAUGUUUUAUUUUGCUACUUGUUGGCGCAUGUACUGUAUAUACUGUAUGUCAAACUCAUCACUGCAAGGCUUCUUUCCUAUUUUUCUAUGUUUUGGGGGCGGUGCUGCUGCUGCCAAACACAACCGUGUCUACUUGUAAACAAUAUGUGGCCACCAUAGUCAUGAUUUGGCUGUCUUCUGCUCCUCAACCACUGCACACUUCACGGAGAAAAUGUGUGCAAACACGCACCCCUACUGUGUGGCCCGUGCUAUUUCUUCCCUGGCAAAUACACCACAUGGCGGCGCUGUUAUAAGUCGGCUCGACUUGAAAUUUCUCACACAGCUCUACAAAAGCUCCCACUGUAACUUGAGGGCGUUUAGUCUAAUCAGUGGCAAAUGUGGUACACACCUUGGGGACCUAGCUGGGACCUAGCUUUUACAUGCACGCUAGCUUGUCUUGCUAAGGAUUUUCAACACAACCCAUAGGGGGCACCACAACUGCCAUUUUUGUUACAACACUCCUUAUAAACAGGUUAUGAACACGCUAUAGCGCCUUGAUGAAGUGUUAGACGUAAACUGUGAACCACAGUCACCUACUGAGCAGCGUCUUCAUCUUGUCUUUUCUUUAUGUUGCAGGUUGCGGGGGGGUGGGGUUCUGUAGGUGGGGGUGUGGGGGGGGGCCCUCAAGCAGGGAUUUCCAACCUGUCACUUGAAAGUGAAGCUUACACUGUUAUUACCACUUUCCUUCAAUUACACUUGUCUGCACACUCCCACCUCAUCUUCUUCAGACAUAAAAGAGAAACGUGCAGUGGAUGCACAGGUGUGGGAUGAACACAGUGAAAUGCUGCGUUUAGUGACCUUCGUCAGCAAACGCAACAAACAUCAUGGCUGGCAGCUGCAGCACAAACCCACUCUCAAGUUGUGUAUUUUUUUGUGUGUGUUCAUUCACGCCACUUUUAUUUAUAUCAAAGAUGAGUAAAUUAAACUGUGCGUCGCUUCCGUGCAAUGUUGCGUUACCUCUCGUCUGUCGUACUGUGCACACGCAGCGUUUCUGGCACUUUUAGUGCAGCGCAAUAAAAGCUUUACACAAA